UGUCCAUUUAUCUGUCUAGUGAUUAUUCUUUCCCUAUGACUGUGCUCUUCUAUCUUAUUGAAGGCAGUACAACACGGUACAGCACUAUUACAAGUGUCCAUAAGUGGCAGUACAAGGAAGUCAGACUAUGCAUUGUCAUACAGUAUCAGUGUAUUCAUCUCCGUUUAGGUAUCAGUUGGUGCCUUCAUAUACCCACAAAUCCAAUCCUUCGCAUUGGGAAUUCACUUGAGUUCAGUCUAGAAGGAUUCAAGGUGCAAGUUACUGGGCAGGGGACUAGUGCAAAUGAAAGUGUCAUAGCCAUAGAUUUGCUCUCUGGAAAAACCAAGGCAGCCGGAGAGGGCAUUACUUGAGGAAUUCGGUCUUACAGUAUUACAGUUAUCCCACUAUCUUGAGCCUACCCCUUCACUUUUGGUUCCCAUUACAUGUUACUUUUCAGCAGUUAUUUUCAUAUCUUCAAGUGCAAAGCAAAACAGGGUUAUGGUACUGGGAAGUGACAUGGUUUCUGGGGAUGCUCCCAGAGAGGCACUAAGCAAUGUUUCUUUCCCUGUUAGAGGACAUGAAUUCUGUAAAAUUCAGGUUCGUGUCAUGCUCUUCUAGUAGCUUGCUCAUUUGACUGGAACCGAUUCUCUUCUAUAAUCUCCUUUUGGAGAACAUGAGUAACUAUUGUGGUUCUUUGGGGGAACAAGAACAAUACUCAUGCCAAACCGGUGUUUGACCCAGGAAGAUUCUGAGCAAA